AUGACGACCUUGACAAUUCCAACUAUCUCAAUCUCUCAAGUCUCAAAAGGCAACCCAAACAUUGUCCUUAUUCCAGAAAUCUUUUAUAAAAUCACUGCAAAUAAACUUUCGUCACUUGAACUUAUCUCCCAAUUUGCACCGUUACUUGAUCUUCCAAAAUAUUCAAAGCAAAAUUCACCAUUCGGGCCUAUAAUAAGGACUCUAACACACUCGAAGCCAAAGUUUCCUAAUGAAAGCUUCGAAGGUAUUGAAUCUUUGAAGUCAUCAAUACUUGGUUCAAAUAACGAAAAAAACCUUAGGUCAAAAAAAGCAAAUGAUGUUAAUGAACCAUGGUUUUUAUUAGUUAUCGUUAGUGAUUUGGCAGUUAUUGAUUCUUCUAAGAAAAAUAAUGGGCCUGUAGUAGGAACCAUAUGUCGCUUAAUGAAUAUAUCCAAUGAUACCAAGAAUUCUUCAAAAGUGAUCCUUUCGAUUAGGGCUAUAGGAAGAGCGGAAAUUCUCAAUGACAAAAUUUUCGAUCGUAAGAAUUCUUCCCAAGAAAGUGUCAUUUUUCAUAGCACAGAAGUGGUACCUUAUUUGAAUGAAUAUGUUACAGAUAUCAGCCCAAAAGCGAUGAAACCAGGUGCCAUAGAAGCAUGGGGCUCUUUUGUUGAGCGUAUUGAGAAGCUCUUCACUAACAUCCACUCGUUUAAAGAAACUUAUAAUACGGCAUUCACACCAAAGAAUAAAGAAGUGGAUGCCGUGAAGGUAUUAGUACGUCUUUCACCAUUAGCAAGCGUGAUAAAUGAAAUACUCCGGAAGGAUAAAACAAUGAAGAAUGUUGAAGAUGUUUUCCAUAAAAUAGUCGACAGAAUUUCUGAUUCUGGAAUUGUGGCUCGUGGGAAACCUAUUACUGAUGUGAAUAGAGACUAUAUCUUUGUGGCAAUGUUAAAAAUUUAUGAUCUUGUUGUUGGUGUAAUACCAGUCACCGGAACACAUAAAUAUGGAUAUUUGCAAUGUGUGAGCCCUUUGAGAAGAAUCCAAGAGGCAGGUCCUGAUAUUAUUGAAAAGGUCACUGACAUAUUACUGAGCUUUGAAACUCAUUAUGAUUUUGUGAUGAAAGAUUUUAUAUCUGCAGAAAAUGAACAGGAGAAAAUGAAAUUGGCGAUAGAUCAUGUCAAAGCUUUGAAAGAGGCUAUAAGCAUUUUCAAGAAUAAGCCACAAUUUUCCAAUAAAGCUUCCAGCGAAAAUAAAAUCAAAACAAUAAAAUCUGGCGGAAAUGAGGGCAAGCAUGAAGACGACGAUGAAGAUGAAACGACAAAAAUAAUGAGGGAAUUUUAUUCAAAGCUUGUAGCGCUGCCAUCACCAAUCGAAAUUUCAUUUGAUGGGGCAAAGCUUCUAAAAAAAGAUUUUAAAAGGUAUUUUAAGAUGCUGAAAAACCCAGUGGCAAAAAAUUCUUCAGAAUUCCAAGUACUAAGUAAUUAUCUUGAAAUUGUUAUUGAUUUGCCUUGGUCUGCUGAUGGAGGCGUCACAAAAAUUAUUGAUUUAAAUAAGGCAAAAAAGCAAUUAGAGGAUGAUCAUUAUGGAUUAUACAGCGUGAAAGAUCGUUUACUAGAAUAUUUAGGAGUUUUAAAUUUGCAAAAUAAGAUUAACCAAUUCAAUCAAGAAAAACCAAUGUCUAAUGAUGUUUCUACAUCGGAUAUUACUAGUCUGGAUUCACAGAUUGGUAAAAAAAAAGAGCCGAACAAGAAGAAUAAGAAAUUAAGCAAUUUUUCAAAAGCCCCAAUCUUAUGUUUAGCUGGCCCACCAGGGGUUGGAAAAACUUCUCUUGCAAAGUCCGUUGCCACUACGCUUGGUCGUAAAUUCCAACGCAUUUCUCUUGGUGGACUUAGUGACGAGGCGGAAAUUAGAGGUCAUCGUCGCACGUAUGUUAGUGCCAUGCCAGGUCUUAUCAUUUCUGCGUUGCGUAAGGCUAAGACUCUUAAUCCUGUGAUAUUGCUUGACGAAAUUGAUAAAUUGGGUGCCAGUGCCGCUUCUCGUGGCGAUCCACAGGCCGCGAUGCUUGAAGUUCUUGAUCCUGAGCAAAAUUCUAGUUUCAAGGACCACUAUUUGGGUUUUCCGGUUGAUCUAUCCCAAGUUUUAUUUCUCUGCACUGCCAAUGAUUUGCGUCGUUUACACCCAGCUUUGCUCGACCGUAUGGAAGUGAUUCAUUUGACAGGUUAUAAUUACAUGGACAAGGUACAAAUCGUGAGACGCUACUUGUUGCCAAAGCAAUUGAAAAAAAAUAUUUUGCCAGCUAAAGCAGUGGAAAUUGUUGAAAAUGACACAAUUCUUAAGAUUAUUGUUGAGUAUACCAAUAAUGAGUCAGGAAUUCGUAAUUUAGAACGGCAAAUUUCUACUUUAUGUCGUAAAAAGGCCCUUGAAUUUUCUUCAAAAAUCAAUGCUUUCAAUGAUUCAGAAGAGUUACCACCUGGAUACACUUCUAUAGUCACCAAAGAUGAUCUUCCUCAUUAUCUUGGAAUCCCAAAUUAUUAUCAUACGUCGAAGAAAAAUAGGCCUCUUAACUCAAGAUUUACUGAAAGGUAUGGUAUGGUUAACGGAUUAAGCUAUAACUCUGAUGGCACUGGAAGUAUUUUAGUCUUUGAAACUAUUGCUAUUCCUAAUGUUGACAGGUCAUCAACUCCUGGAACAUUGACUAUGACUGGUAAGUUAGGCGAAGUGCUAACUGAAAGUGUGAAAAUUUCUUCUUCAUUUGUUAAACUUAUUUUGUCCAAGAAUCUUAUUGCUUAUGAAGGCACUACUUGCCAAAGCGCUUUGAACACUUUAAAAACCCAUCAGAUUCAUUUACAUGCUCCAGAAGGUGCCAUUUCAAAGGAUGGCCCAAGUGCUGGUAUUACUAUCACUUUGGCUUUGUUAUCGCUUCUUUUGAAAAAAAGUGUCCCAAAUAAUGUGGCAAUGACAGGAGAAAUGACCCUUCGUGGAAUUAUUUUACCGAUUGGUGGGGUCAAAGAGAAGCUUCUUGGUGCUCAUUUGGCAGGAACCAUUGAUACUGUGCUCGUGCCGCGAGCCAAUAGAGGUGAUUUGAUCGAACAUUACAUAAGCAACUUACAAACCGAUGAUAAAGACCAAAUGAACCAGGAGUUAAGAGAUGUUUUGAAAAACGAUAAACAGAAUAUCCAUAAUUGUGAUAUAUUUGACAAACCUGAACAGUUUAUCCUCGAAAGUUUGGGAAUUAGGAUCCAUUAUGUUGAAGAUUUCUGGGAUGUGAUCCAAGUGGUAUGGAAUGGAGAAGUCGGUGCAAAGUCUAUAAUUGAGGAAAUUCCAGCUAGGCUUUGA